GACAGCUUGCUUUCCGCGACGGAGCUUCGUUCCGGACAGCCUUCAACUACCAACGCUCCCCUCGCCCGCGGAUGCGUGCGCAUACGAAUCCCCGUUCCGCCAUCUCUUGAGACGUCAAGUUUCCCGCCAUCAUGGCUUCGUCGUCGCAUUUUGUGCAGCUGGCCAAGACGCUGCCAACUCCGUUGCAGCGCUUCUUCGCGCGCUGGCCACCAGCCGCGAUUCUUCCCGAAGGCGCUGCCGCCAAGCCAACCCCCUACCAAGAGCUACGGCCGAAUCCCUUCCGCUUCUACAAGCAUUCUGUGACAGGGAAGUGGCAAGACCCGGCGUAUUCGCAGCGCCGGCAGGCCGAGCUGGUCCAGAUGGCACGCGAGCACGGCGUUGAGGACCUCCUACCUGAGACGACCAAGGGCACGGAAUACCGCCUGGCAUACCGCGUGGAGCACGGUCUGAGGGUGAAGGGAACGGGUGUCGGACAGAAGGUCAAGGGACGCAUCCACGAGAGACACAUGAUUUCAAGGAUGGAGGAGCGGAGGAAAGCUAUGUUGGCGAUGCCCAAUCUCAUCAAGUCCUGGAAGAGAAUUGGCAAGAGGAACUGGACCAAGUUCCCGAAAUAAACGACCUGACGAUGUUGGGGAACAGAGAGUAUCAGCCGUCAUUUACCGGGCUUUGUAUAUACACUAUGUACUUCUAUGUAAACGACACCUCCAUGAAGGACCAGCAGCUCUUUCAGUCUCAAUUCUCCUGCGGCGCUCCAAUCCGGAUAUACGUUGU